GUCAGUGAGUGUGUAGCUGUGCUGUGUGUCUCUGUGUGUUGUUGUGAUAAUUAUUAUAAUAAAUCAGCGGGUGGAGGAGCGGGGGCGGCGGGUGGUGUCCUCCUCCUCCUCCUCCUCCCGUCAUGCCGAGCCGACAGAAGCAGCUGCUCUUCUCCACCUCCGGCCUCCUGGGUCUGUGCUGCGCCCUGACGGCGGCGGUGUCCACCGGGCUGCCGCUGUGGCUCCGCGGGGCCGUGCUGUGCCGAACCGGGGCCGAGCUGGUGAACGCGACGGGAGCCGAGCUGGACCAGUUCCUGGGAGAGCUGCAGUACGGCCUGUUCAGCGGGCACAGGGUGAAGCAGUGCGGGCUGGGGGGGAGGCCGUCCCGCUUCUCCUUCUUCCCAGACCUGCUGAGCGCCAUCCCCAUCGGCCUCCACGUCUCCGUCAUCUUCUUCUGUGGUGUGGUCAUCGUCUUCUCCUCCGUGGCUACCGGCUUCUUCUUCUUCAAUGCCUUCGGCCGACCCUACGAGACGCUGCAAGGCCCCAUGGGACUUUACCUGUGGACCUUCAUCAGCUGUCUCUGCAGCUGUCUGGUGAUGAUCCUGUUUGCGUCGGAGGUGAAACUUCAUCAUCUGUCCGAUCGGAUCGCCAACUUCAAUGAGGUGAACUUUGUCUUCCAGACAUACACCGAGCACUACGACCGAUCCUUCUGGCUCUUCUUCCUUGUCUUCCUCCUCCACUCGCUCAACUUCCUGCUGAUCCGACUGGCGGGGAUCCAGUUUCCCUUCCAGGAGAGCAAAGAGGCGGACCUGAGCGGGGGGGCGGCGGACCUCAUGUACUGAGAUGUGAAACAGAAACCUGUGAAGGACAAUAGACUGAGACAGACAGAGACAGAUGUGGACAGCUGCAGACACGUUCUGUCUGUGGUGUACAUGACACGCCCGGACAAACCACCAGUGUUGCCAACUUAGCGACUUUGUCCCUAUAUUUAGCGACUUUUCAGACCCCUCUAGCGACUCUUUUUCAAAAAAGCGACUAGCGACAAAUCUAGUGACUUUUUCUGAUGUUAUUGAAGACUUCUGGAGACUCUGUUGUGAGAGCACGUAUCAUUCUUAUUCUUCUGAACGAGCAGCGGAUGCUGCCGUGCCGUGGGCUCCCUCCCAGCUGCAGUCAGAGCAGCAGAUGUUAACCCCUCCACGUCCAGACUGCAAGUGAAUCGCACAUGCGCGGAACCGCCGCUGGCUGGUCUCGACCUGGUUUACAGUCAGGGCGGGAUGUAAACGUAAAAUUUUCUUUGUCUGAUAUAAAUCACUGAAAGAAGGUUCAUUUGUAGUUCUAAACAUAUUUAGGGUGUUUUUUACUCAGUUUUUGUCUCUCCCACGACGUUAUUCCUCUCUCCUACAGCAGCCAUUACAAUUACAUGCUUAUGGACAAUUAUGCAAAUUAGGCGAUUACGCCAUUUAGCGACUUCUAGCGACUUUUAGGACAGCCAAUAGCUACUUUUCUUACUGAGGAGUUGGCAACAGUGCAGACCACGCCCACCACACGUACAAGACAAUCCCACCAACGGGACUGCUCUCUGAACCCUGCUGCGAUGCUACGAUGUAGUGAAUGUAGCAACAAUCCACUUCACGAUUCAUCAUACAUUAAGACGUCAUUCACUUCAUAAGUAACGAGGUGUGACCCUUACUGUUACCCUUACCCUGACCUUAACCUCCUCUCUUUUAAUAUUAUUACUUUUUAGCUAGCUAAUCCCUAACUUAGCAUUAGCAUAAGUAAUGAGAUGUAGCCUUCCUGUUACCCUUAUGUCAACUGAAGAUGGUUAGCUGAUUGCUAACUUAGCAUAAGUAGCAAGGUGUGACCCUUACUGUUACCCUUACCCUAACCUUAACCACAUCUAUUUUAACGUAAUGCUUCUUAGCUAACGUUAGCUAAUCACUAACGUAGUAAUUUCAGUGGGACUUUGGCAUCAGGGCUGAGGAAGGGGGGCGGGGGGGGGCUGAUCGUGGACUGACGUGUAGGUGAAGGUGGGCGGAGUCACGAAGCAGCUGCAGUCAUACCUGCUUGAACUCAGCAGCCAUUUUAAAAUACGUCAUUCAUCACUUCCUGUCUGACAAACUGUUAGAUGUGUGGUGAAUAAAGGGUCAGUCCACAGACAACAACUAACAAGUGUUUUUAUUAUCCUUCACUGAGGAUUCAUGCGUCUUGUUUAGUUUGAUACGUUUACGUCAUGUGACAACAUUCACACAUUUGUUUUGUUCGAGUUCAUGUUUAAUGUCACCAGAAUAUUUUAGGACUUUUGAUUCAAAGUGAAAUCAUGAUCUUGUUCCAGCUCUGAUUUAGUGACUGUUUUUUAUGACAGGAAGUGACAUCAUUAAUAAGACUCUUAACUGAUUCAUGAAACUAUGUAUUUUGUCUCUAGCACAGAUUUGAUAUGAAGACUUGUCUGUACCUGUGGUGUCUGUCGUCCUCUGGUGUUUCCUGUCUGAAGGUGUUUCUGUAUUUGUUGUAUCAGACGGACGUUCUGACAAUGAUGACGACGUCUGUGUGUGACCGUUCUACAGAGUAAAGCUUCACCUGUGUGUUCAGGAACAUUAUUCUGCUUCCUG